AUGAUUAAAAAAUCCAAAGUUGACGAUACAAUUGCACGAGAUUUAUUAAAUCGUUUACAAAAAUCACGUAUUACACUUGGUAUCCUUAGAAAAACUGGUAUUGGAAGAACAGUGAAUAGUCUACGACGACUUAUUGCAAAUGAAGAUUUAUCAACUCUAGCUAAGAGUUUAUUAAGAAAGUGGAAAAAACUUAUACUAGAAUCUUCAUCCGUAUCAACAAAUAGUAAUUAUAAUAGACAACAAUCGCAAGAAACUAAUACAAAUACUAGCAAAACUGUUGAACAUCAAAGUUCCCAAACAACAUCAGAUGGUGAUAAAGCAUCACACAUCUAUGAUAAAAUUCAAUUAAAAUCUCGUGAACUUAUUACAGCUGAUCCUAUGGAAUUCGCUGCUCGAGUUGAAGAUGUUAUUUUUAAAGAAUUAAAAGACAUAGGUGUUAAAUAUGAGAAUCGUGUUCGUCGGCGAAUAUCAAAUUUAAAAGAUUUAAAAAAUCUCAAUCUUCGUACCAAUGUUCUUCUACGUAUUAUUACACUAGAACUUUUAGCUGUACUUACUGCUCAAGAAAUGGCAAGUGAUACAUUAGAAGAAGAAGAAGAAAGUGCUCUUAAUGAAGAUAUUGAUACUGAUCUUAUUCAAUGUGAAAGAAAUAAACAAAAUAUUUGUGGAUAUACAAAACCUCAAACACAUAGUGCUAAUGAGCCAAUGAGUUCAUUUGUUUUUUGUAAAAAUUGUGGUCAUCGAUGUGAAACAAUAUCUAUUAUUACUAUUCUAAAUUUACUUAAUGGUCGCAUAAAAAAACUUAAUCUUGAGAAUGAUGGUAGUACACGUUCUUGUGAAUGGCCUGAUGAUCAAAUGACUUACGAUGAGGUUCAUAAUCAACAUCUGACCGUUUAUUCUUUUACUGAUAAAAAACAUCAAACAUCAUUGUAUGAUUUUGAACAUCAGCCACUCGAUGUUAAACAAUUUGAAACAUUUGCUGAUUAUAUAAGCAAAUAUGGUUUGAACAGAAAUAGUACAGUUGUAUAUCUAUAUACAUCUGAAGUUAUGAAAUUGACAAAUAAUUAG